AUGGCGGAUAAUGACUACGCGGAGUACCUCGCGCUGUUGCAGCGCGAGGGCAAGUCAAUGGAAGCCUUGCGUAGGGCAUUUCGGAAAUUGGCAUUGAAGGCGCACCCUGAUAAACCAGAGGGAUCACCGCAGAAGUUUCGGGCGCUCGUGCGUGCCGCAGAGAAGGUUGAGCGCGUGUUGAAUGGCGACGAGGAUGAAGACGACCUUGUAAACGGAGAACCUGCUGAAAAUGAUGGUACACCUGUAGAAACUCAACAUUCAGGAGGGAGAUUUUCAAGCGGACCUGGGGUACAGAGAUCGUCUCAGAAAACUUCAGGUCGUGGUGGACGAGGAAGUUCCUCUUCUUCUACGUCUUCAUUUUCCAUGGGGCAAGAGGAGGACUUGGGCUACACAGGCGGAGGGAAGAAGAUCCGUAGGCGAGUGAACUGGACGCAACUCGGGAGCGACGUCUGGGUGCGCAGCAGUGGCGGUGCUCGGUCUACGCUUUCCGGACGUCCCACUUUCGAGGCGAACGACGCGGACAACAGCGAAGAGAGCGUCGCGGAUGAAGGGGACGCGAUACGACUCGCGGAUCUACAAUUCGUGGAGGAAAAGAAGAAAUCGAAUUCAGAACUAUGGAAAGUAGGAGGUGCUGCUUCUACGUCAAGAACAUCCGGAAACUCGUCUUUAGGGAACAAGAUGCUCUCUACAAGUCUUGUUGCAGAGCAAAUGAAAAGUAAGGUAGCUGGACAGAGAACAAAUGCAAUUCAAAAGAAUUGUCAGUGUAGACUGAUGUGA